AUGUCUCUCGAGCGUCGUCGACGUCAACACAUCACAAUGGCCGACGCACAGUCCACCAUGACCAGGGCAACCUCGGUCAGCAGGAAGUCCACCGUUGCCAGCCGCAACGCUUCCCUCAUCAAGAAGAACACCGGGCCUCACGAGCUUCGUCCCUCGGACAUCCUCAUUGAGCGAUUCACUGGCUGGAAGCACAUCACCAAGCAGCUCAUCAGCUACUUUGAGGGUAUUGCCGACAUCGAGUACAACACUGCCAAGGAGCUCACCAAGCUCGGCGGCGUCAUCCAGGUCCCCUUCCGCGAGGGCAACCAGUUCCUCGGCGAGGAUGGAAUCCAGGACAUCUACUACGGAAUCCGCGACAAGACCCGCGUCAUUGCCGACCACCACGCCAACCUUGCCAAGACCGUCGAGGGCUCCAUCGUGCAGCACCUCCAGAAGCUCCGUUCCGAGAUCAAGGCCCACAUCAAGAAUGUCCAGCAGGACACUGGAAAGCUCGCCAACUCGGUCGCCAAGGAGCGUGAGAUGUCCACCAAGAUGAUUACCGAGCUCGCCCGCUCCAUCACCCUCCUCAAGAACACCCCCAUGAGCGUCACUGCCCGCGAGGACCCUUACGCCGCCAACCAGGCCGUCUUCCGCCAGCUUCAGCGCCAGGUCAACGAGGAGAACGCUCUCCAGAAGUCUAUCAUCAUCAUGCAGCAGAACUCGGCCCACUUCGAGGAGGGCAUCGUUCGCAGCAUCCAGAGCGCUUGGCAGACUUUCGACGAGUGGUCUGGCCGCAUGUCGGCCCAGGUUCAGGACACCUGGCUCAGCCUCGGCGUCCAGAUGCGUUCGCUCCAGCCCAACUCGGAGUGGAUCGCCUUCGCCGCCCGUUCCGACCACCUGCUCGACCCCGACACCCCUCUCCGCAACCCAGAGACCAUCGACUACCCCGGCAAGGACGACCCCUCCGUCAUCCCCGUCCACCAGGGCAUCCUCGAGCGCAAGAAGCGCUUCACCAAGACCUACAAGGAGUCCUUCUACGUCCUCACCCCCUCCGGCUACCUCCACGAGCACGGCUCUUCGGACCCCACCAAGCACCCGGCCCCCGAGCUCUCGCUCUUCUUGCCUGAAUGCACCCUCGGCCCCCCUUCCACUAUGGCUGCCAAGAGCCACAAGUUCCACAUCGAGGGCCGCAAGGUCACCGGCAACCAGUCGGCUGUGCCUUCCAAGGGCCUCGCCAGCCUCGGCAUGGGCCGCGAGCACGCCUACACCUUCCGUGCUCGCAGCCACGAGGAGAUGAUGGAGUGGUGGAACGACAUCAAGCAGCUCUCCAAGGUCUACCUCACCACCUCGGAGCAGAUGGACCGCUCCGGUAUCGUCCCUGCCGCCGUCCGCGCUGCCGGCUACCGCUCCGAGGAGGAGGACGAGGAGGAGGAGGACGGAAGCUCCAUCGAGGAGGAGGAGGACGAGUACGAGGAGGCCGCCGAUGAGAACGAGCCCCACGCCGCCCCCGCCCUCGCCGGUGCCUCCACCUCUGCCCAGAAGGAGGAAGAGGCUCCCGCGUACACCGGCGGUGCCGCUUCCCAGGGCGAGGUUGGCCCCAACGGCUACCUCCUCGAGAAGAAGGGCGAGUCGGCUCAGGCCGGCGAGCCUUCCCAGGACGGCCUCAACCGCAGCGCUUCGUCUGCUGGCAAGGAGAAGGCCACCGAGGCCGAGGCCAAGGAGGCAUAA